AUGAAACGAACGGUUAGUGAAGUGGAAAAAGUGAGUGAACAAAAUACCAAAGCUUCAACUUUAAAAAUCAUCCCAACCACCGCCGAAGAAGAGACGGGGCCCAACACGAUGCAAGAAUGUCGUAAACGCAACAACCUUAUUACCUUUAAGCCGAUCGGCCCUGGAAGUGGUACAUAUACUAAUUAUUUGGGAACGCUUGCCCGGAAUGGUAAAUUAGCUCCAUUGUGCUACAAAACUUGGUGGGAGAUGUCUAAACAGCUGAAGGAGGAUAUAUGGAACAUUGUAAAUGGACAUUAUCCUCCAUCGGAAAAAAAAUGGAGGGAGUACAAGUGUGAAUUAAAAAAUGAAUACUACUCGGUUAGUGAUACAGAUGCAGAAAGAUUGGCAAACUCACCACCUGAUGUUGAAAAGGAGCAUUGGGAAUUUUUGGUUAGGCAUUGGGGUACGCCUAUGGCGAAAGAGGUCAGUGAAAAAAACAGAGAACGUCAUGGGAAACAGACUAUGAUGCAUACUACAGGGACAAAAAGCUUUGCACGUAUUUCUACCGAGAUUGAGGAAAACGAAGGUAUUCAGCUUUCUCGUGCAGAUUUAUUCUUUCGCACACAUAUAAAUAAGGAUGGCAAAGCCACUGAUGCUGCUAUUUCAGAGAUGAUUACCAUAGCCCGAGUCAAGACUGUUGCCAAUCGGCAGUAUGUAUGCCGAGUACGAUAG